GUGAGGGGAGGUUGCGCGCUCCAUACCGCUAACUGUUACGAAAAUAGUACUAAGCUUUUUGUGACGCUGUGGUGAAUCGUGUUUUUCAGUGAUUUAAGUGUUGACUUUUGAUGCGGAUUUUAUUAAGAUAGUGACGCAGUGUUAGUGAGGCAUGUGAGGUGGAUAGAGUAAAUAUGGUGGCAAGAUGAAGUUGUGGAAAAGCCUUAAAAUUUCCAUAGGCAAGACUGACUCGAAAGGGUAUCCUCACGAACUGCCACAAUGGGGCGGCCAGGGUUAUGAGUUGGAUGUGUUCAAAUCACAAACGUCUCUGUCCACUGACUCUGGGCUAUGCACUGAACGAGGCCUGCGGAGAACACAUAUAGAACUAAUCAAGCCUCCAGGAAAGCGGAUUGGGCUUAAACUGGCAGGUCGUUCGGAACCAGGUGUAAUACCUUCGAUUGUUGGAUUUACUAAAGACUCUGUGGCCCAUGAAUCCGAUCGGCUGGCUCCGGGGGAUAGAAUCUGCAGCGUCAAUGGCAUCUCCACGGCUAGGCUUACCAAUGAGGAAGUUCUACGAUUGUUGGACAAUGUUGAAGAGAGGGCAUCUUUGGAAGUUGAAUACUAUAUGCCUAACUAUGCAUCGCAAAAUUCCCUCUACAUCACAACGAAGCUAGCAGAAGUUCCAGUUGAGAAACUUGGAGGGUCUCUCGGAGUGACAAUACGCGGAGGCCUUCCGGAAAACGCGGCCCCAACUGCUGAUCUGGUGUUGAACAGCAGAUCUCUGGAUGCGCAACCAUUGGUCAUUACCCAUGUCAGACCUGGUGGGGCAGCGUAUAGUACAUCAAGGAUAAAACCUGGUGAUCGGCUGUUGAAAGUCGAUCAUAUAUCCCUAACAAACAAAACACUAUCAGAGGUCCAUCAAAUACUACAGAAUUGCCCGCAAGUGACGAGCCUAACUAUCGAGUAUGAUGUAUCUAUCAUGGAAUCCGUUAAGUUGGCGAGUGGGCCCUUACUUAUCGAGAUUGAAAGGCCGUGUAACGAGGACUUGGGGCUUUUCUUGAGUAAUCAGCGGUAUUCUGACGAUGUGUAUAGUUCUGGAUCUGACACGUACCAAAGGGUUGGGACGUGCAACGCGAUUUACAUUGAUAGUAUAUUACCUGCGAGUAUUAGUGACAGAUGUGGUGCUCUCCAUCCUGGCGACCAGCUGUUGGCAUUUGACGACCACGUCAUUGAUGGCAACACCUACACAGCUGAAGAAGUGAUGUGUUACUUAGAGAACUGCGAACCUGGUUUUACGAGACUUCAUAUAGCACCGCGACAUAUUCUGGCACAUGGUGGAAGGUUUCCUAGAGAAAAUUCAAUAUCCGGUACGCUGAAUCCUAAGAAACAAAGGCAAAGAUAUAGACAAAGUUCCAUGCCUAAACUGGGUGGUCAAGAUGACUUUGACAACCAGCAAAACUACAUGAGUAUGGGCGUGUGUAGAACGGAAUCUCUGAACAUACAGUUGGAAGUGCCCCCGGGGCAGAGCAGCGGACUCCUGGUACACGAAGAUAACGCUACAUUGGUCGUGUCACAUGUUGCGCCACAGUCACCGGCCUACAGAUCUGGAUGUCUCCAAGUCCGGGAUCGUGUGAUGACUAUUAACGGUCACGAGAAUCUAACUCUUGAUGUGGCAAACGAAAUCCUUCAGCGAAGAAAUGAUUCGCAUAACCCAAAAUACUUGACCUUGAACGUUGAAUUCAGUAUGCCCAAUACUAUUGAGGCGUCUAGUGGAGUCUUUACUGUAAAGCUUGCGAAGACCACGGCGGGACUUGGAGUUACGAUCACAGGUUGCAAACAGAAGCUAUUAAGUAAUGAGGAACCAAUGGUGAUAUCAGAUAUCAAACCAGGUUCAGUGGCCCAUCGAAGUGGCGCGUUGGCUCCAGGGGAUCAUCUCCUUGCAAUAAAUGGGCAGCCUUUACAUAAUUUGUCGCUGGACACAGCGUUCAACAUCCUUCAAAACUCACCUGAAGAUAUAAUAACAUUAAAAAUCCGCAAACGCGAUUUGACCGACGACUGGGCGAACAUACACAAGCAAAAUGCAAAACUCACAUUGCAAAGCUUUAGUUGCGUGGAAACAAAAGCCGUUAUACACAGUGAAGAGGAUUCUGGGCAUACUGACAGUCCUAAUAAUAGCGGAAAGGACAGGCAUGACGCUGUCUUCAUGGUGGAAAUCAUAAGACCAGACAGUGGGCCACUGGGAUUAACAAUAGCUGGAAGCGAGGAUGUGACGCAGCCUAUACUAUUGAGCGGACUCAUUGAAGGUGGCCUGGCUGAAAAGUGCGGGAAACUGGCCAUUGGAGAUGAGCUGCUCAGCAUAAAUGGUGAGAGCGUCCUUAACAAGCCUUUGUCGGAAGCGAUCAAGUUGUUACAACAAAGUGGGCAAAGAAUUCAGCUGCAAAUGUGUAGAAAAGUCACUGGUCAUUUGGACUGCGGUGAGUCAAGUGCAAGGGAUUCCAGCCAUUCCACGUCCAGUCCAGGGCUCUCAAACGACAGUGCUGUGGAGUCCUGGGACCAGAAUACACCCGUCAGGACAAGUGGUAAUUGUGGCAAUUCCGAAGUAAUAGAAUACGCCGUACCAGACAAGUCCCGAAUAAUAGAUAAACAGCCGUACUCACCGACAGACGAAGAUAAACUUUUAGCCUCCAACUUCAAUUCGUUCAUUCAAGACUUGCCCUUGCCAAAUUAUUCACUCAAUAAUUCACUCAAGACGUUUCACUACGAGAAUACGUGCAUUAUUCCCGAGACUUUGAAGAAAACGAAUACAAGAGAGGAUGAUGUUCAGCAAAUUGAAAUUUUAACUUCGAAUAUGAAGGAUUGCCAGCUGCACAACAUGGAGAGGUCGUCAUGCAAAUGUGACUAUGUUCAGAUGGGUCCUUAUAGUAUAGUCUCCCCAAACAGGCGUAACUGGGAUAACGACUACAACGGUAUAUAUACAGUGUCGACGCCCCAGAAAUCGCCUUUGAAACCUAUGGCUGGAUCCAGCUUUCAAUUUUCGAAUAGCCCUAUAUAUGAGAACGAUGUUCCAGGUCUCUACAGCAGCGAUACGUUAUCACCAGCUCGGGGUUCGGUUCAUCACGUCAUACUGUAUAAGGAUGCUAUAUACGAUGACUAUGGAUUCUCCGUCUCCGAUGGUCUAUAUGAAAGGGGGGUCUACAUCAAUAGGAUACGUAAAGGUGGACCAGCAGAUAUCGUUGGUCUGUUACGUCCAUAUGACAGGAUUUUACAGGUUAAUGGUACACGAACGGUGGACUAUGACUGCUGCUUGACUGUGCCUUUGAUUGCCUCUGCGGGUGACCGAUUAGAAAUUGUCGUGCAACGGCUAGCAACUUCACGGGAUUUAAGGAACAUUCGUCUAGAUGACAGUUCGAGUCCCAGUGAAAGUCCCAGCAGUAUUGUGACUAAGACUAUUUAGUGCAUAACCCGUUUCUAGUGCAGGAACACUAAAAUCUAAGGAAUAGUUUGUAUGGUUGCCAUGGCAACAUUAAAGCAGCAUCAUCAGCGCUAGCAGAGUGAACGUUUUCAGCUGUGAAAAUAUAACUUGAAAAAGAAUAUUGGAUACCAAAUUGUUGAGAAAUUGUUAUAAAAAUACCUCACUGGCGUAAUAGAAUAGCGAUUUAAUUCAAUUCCCGCUUACUUAUCUAUUAUAAUUAUCUUUGAAGAGAUUAACACUGUUAUAGGUUUUACAAGAUUGACAAAAAUUAGCAACGUUUUGUAUAAGCAAAAUAUUAUUUACGUCUAAAUUUUCUUAUGUCAUGAUUGUUCUAUAGCUAUGAACAGUCAUUGUAUAAAUAAUUAAGCGCUCAAAUAUAGCUGUGUAUAUUGUGCAGUAUUGAGCUUAUGUGGUGGUUAUAGUAUAUAAGAUUAUUGUAUAGAAUUAAAUAUAAAUAUUAUAUUAGAUAAUUGCAAAAUGUCUUAAAUUGGUUGGAUAACAAUUACACUUCUGAAAUCUCUUUUAAUUUUGUUCAAAUAUUUUUAAAAAUCAUUACAUUAAAAUAAAAGCGGUUGCCUUAUCGCUAAAAAGCGAUCUUCUAGUAAAGAAAAACUAAAACAAAUAAGUGUUAAUAAUAAAAUGCUUUACCCACGUAAGAGAUUGAAUUCGAUUUUGGGUAAAACAAUUAUCUCAGAUAACCUGACUCAUGAAUAGCAAUGAAAUAGACGCAGAAAUGUGAUAUUCCAAAGUCUGUCUCUUUAUGAAUGUCAGGCGUGGUUAGGUCGAGCGAGGCAGACAUUCGGCAGCUUAGACCUUAUGUAAUGAGUAAUGUGAGUGAGUGAUAGGAAUCUUUCUUUUAAAUUAAAUUGCUUGAGUCAAAUUCACAUGAUAAUUGUCACAACAGUUUUCCAUUGUACUUGUUGUUUUUCAUGAAACUUUGGAAAACACCAUCAACGUUGUGGUUUGCCGACACCAUAUUGACAGUUGGAAGAGUUUCGUUUCAAGUUUGAGAGUAUCAGAAAGUGGAAGUAAAUUUUAAUUAACAGGCUAGGCAAGUAAUGAAACGUCAUCGAUGACUUGGUCAUUUGCCUAGCUGUUUAAUCAACUGUCUGGCAAUGUUCAAUCAAAUUUCAGGCCGCUAGUUAAACGGCUAGGCUGCGACAUAUAUAAAACGUACGUAUAUUAUGUAUGCCAAUACAAUAAUUACUGCUAUAUAAGUAUGUAUUUAGUAAACUAAGCAACCGCAAGAAAUAUUCGAUUUAAAUGGAAAACUGUUCGAUCUGUAUUGAAAUUUGUAACGUUUUAUAAAAUUCAGAAUUGAAACAAUAGCUUUUUAUAAAUUAGCUUUACCAGAUAUCGUCGACUGCAUUUCGGUUUGGAUAAAAGCCAACAGACUAUCUUUGCUGCUGAAAUCUCCCAAAAAUAUAUCAUUUUGAAUUGUAUUGCGCUAUAUUUUUCAAAAUAGAAACGCGACAAGGAAAUUGGAUGAUGUAAUUGCUGUAAAAUAUGGAAGAAAAAGUCCUGUGUUUUGUAUCAUGGGGUUGUGCUAGCAAAAUAGUCUCUCAAGUCAUGAUCAUUUUUUAUGUGUGCAAAUUAUUGCGGGAGAGCAGUGUUGGCCUAGUGGCUUCAGCGUGCGACUCUCAUACCUAAGGUCGUA